AUGGGCUCCCUUCCCGCGUACCCUCGCCCCGAGGGCGUCGACGAGAUACCGCGCGAGCGGCUGGACCUGCGGCCCGACGCCGACGUCGACCACGACCUCCUCCACCCCAAGCCCGUGACGGACGAGAAGAACAUCUGGUUCUUUUGGCACAGCGGCUUCUCCCACAUGCACCACUACGCGCGGCGCACCGUCCGGGCGUGGCAUCGCCGCUUCUCGAAACAGGGCUGGGUGGUGCGCGUCAUGGACCGCGAGCCCGACUCCCCGCUCAACAUUGCCAACUUCCUCGACAUCCACGACCCCAACACCUUUCCCAAGGCCUUCCUCGACGGCACCAUUGGCGGCGACUACGCGCCCCAGCACACUUCUGACCUCGUCCGGUGGCCGCUGUUAAAUACGUACGGUGGCGUGUAUGCCGACGUCGGCAUGAUCCAGAUUGGCGACCUGGACCGGCUAUGGAAUGCCACCGUCGGGGACCCCAAUUCGCCAUACGAGGUCAUCUCGUACAAUGCCGGCGGCGUCAACGCACGCAGCCUUACCAACUACUUCUUCGCCUCUAGGCGCAAUAGUCCGCUCUUUGAGCGAUGCCACAAGCUGUUCCUGGCGCUCUGGGCCGCGGACGGUGGCAAGUCGAGCACCGACGGCAUGCAUGCGAGCCCGCUGCUGGAAGGUGUGCCCAUGAUGGGUGCCGACAUGUCUUUUGAGGAGGACGGAAAGACGUACGGGCCUGCGGAGGUUAGCAAGAUGCUCACCGACUACAUCAUCCAGGGCCAGGUCUUGACCAUGGUCAUGGGCCUCGUCGACGAGUCCGACAACUGGAAUGGCCCCGAGUACGUCGCCAAGCACGUCUGGGCAACGGACUACAUGGUCGGCUCCCAGCUCAUCAACGAGAUGACGGCGUGGAACGGCCCGCGGCAAUUCGAACUCAUGUCCCUGCCGCUGCCCAAAGACGGCGACGCGGAAACCAAGGACCAGAAGCUGGCGCGUGAGAUUGUGGGGGCCUGCCUGUCCAAAAGCUUCGGGUUCAAACUCGCGCACGGGUUGAUCCUCAGGGUCCUGGGCGACACGCUCGGGUCCCUGUGGAGGAAACACGAUGGCGCCGACGACGUACCGGGGACGUACGGCAACUGGCUGCGAUACGGCACGGUGCACUGGGCCCCCAAGGAGCUGCCCCCGAGGCUGGAGUUUACGGUAGCGCCCGCCGUGAAGAUUGGGUCGCUGUUGGGAGACGGACGCCUUGGGCCUGGUGCCAAUGGCGGCGUGCCGGCCUUUGAGGCCCAAAAAUAG